UGUCAGUUGAUGCAGCAUCCAUUGGGAAAUGCUGUUGCCAGUUGCUGAUGCCUCCUGUCGUUGCUGAACUUCUGCUUUUCCUGUUGCGAAACCUUGACGUUUCUUGUUGACUGAAUCUGGCAUCCGUGUAUUCAAUCUGCCAUCUUUCCCCGCGAAUUUCACGCCGCUGAAUCCGCUCUCCAACUCAGAAAUUCCCCCUCUCAGUACUACAAGUUCCAACAUCACGCCCGUGAGAAGCCGCAUUCACUUCUCGUUCGUCAGCAUAUGCCAUGCCAGGCGCCGUAGUUAAAGUACCAGUAACCUGUUGCUUUCCAGCAGCUUCUAGAACCUCUAGAAUUCGCUUGUCUCCCUCCGCUGGUCGCCUCUCCAACAAUCGCCAUCUCACGAUCCGCCUUCAUCAGCCGCCGGGUGGUUCGGAAAGCGUACGCGUUAAGGAGCAGACAGGCUGGUCCGCAGGCUCGUGUUUGGGGAGGAGACGAGUCGGAGUCAGUGCCUUCUUGCGAAGAAAGCAGUUAGAAGGAACUGCCAUCCAUCUGCCACUGGCACAAGAUUCUCAGGAGUUACUGCUACUGGUAGUAGGAACCCUGCCAAAAGGGAAGCACCUCGGCGGAGGCGUGGGACGGAGACGAGGGGCUGUGGUGAUUCCUGCAGCGACCGCCAAUGCUAACGUGGCGUGCGGUACAGGGAGGGAGAAGGCGGGACGCGACGCCAUCCGACGUGGCAUGCAGCUAUUUAUCGAGAACGAGGUGGAGGCGUCACUAGCUGAAUUCGAGGCCGCUUUGGAGCUGGACCCCUCCCAGAUUCCCUAUUUGUGGCAACGGGGCCUCUCACUCUUCUACCUCAACAGGUUCGCUGAAGCUUCACAGCAGUUUCGUGCCUGUAUUGCUGCGAACUCGAGAGACGCUGAAGAGUCUAUCUGGUACUUUGUGUCUGAAGCCAGAGCCAACGGUGCCGACUCCGCCAGAGAAAGCAUGCCAGAGGUGCCCCGAGACCCUGGAAAGGUUUUGAGAGCAGCGUACGACAUGUUUAAGUCUGGAGCUGACCCCUUGCAGGUGUUGGCAGCAGCAGGGGAUGACGAGGGAGGGUCAUCCGCCUUCUAUGCGCGGCUAUACGUCGGGCUCUUCUUUGAGAUCAUGGUGAGAACAAGAGUCUAUGUGCCAUGGGUUGAGUCUACGUGCCAUGGGAUGAGCCUUUGUGCCAUGGGAUGAGUCUAUGUGCCAUGGGAUGAGUCUAUGUGCCAUGGGGUGAGUCUAUGUGCCAUGGGAUGAGUCUAUGUGCCAUGGGUUGAGUCUACGUGCCAUGGGAUGAGUCUUUGUGCCAUGGGAUGAGUCUAUGUGCCAUGGGGUGAGUCUAUGUGCCAUGGGAUGAGUCUAUGUGCCAUGGGAUGAGUCUAUGUGCCAUGGGUUGAGUCUACGUGCCAUGGGAUGAGUCUAUGUGCCAUGGGGUGAGUCUAUGUGCCAUGGGAUGAGUCUAUGUGCCAUGGGAUGAGUCUAUGUGCCAUGGGGUGAGUCUAUGUGCCAUGGGAUGAGUCUAUGUGUCAUGGGAUGAGUCUAUGUGCCAUGGGGUGAGUCUAUGUGCCAUGGGAUGAGUCUAUGUGCCAUGGGAUGAGUCUAUGUGCCAUGGGUUGAGUCUACGUGCGGUGGGAUGAGUCUUUGUGCCAUGGGAUGAGUCUAUGUGCCAUGGGAUGAGUCUAUGUGCCAUGGGGUGAGUCUAUGUGCCAUGGGAUGAGUCUAUGUGCCAUGGGAUGAGUCUAUGUGCCAUGGGGUGAGUCUAUGUGCCAUGGGAUGAGUCUAUGUGCCAUGGGAUGAGUCUAUGUGCCAUGGGUUGAGUCUACGUGCCCUGGGAUGAGUCUUUGUGCCAUGGGAUGAGUCUAUGUGCCAUGGGAUGAGUCUAUGUGCCAUGGGAUGAGUCUAUGUGCCAUGGGUUGAGUCUACGUGCCGUGGGAUGAGUCUUUGUGCCAUGGGAUGAGUCUAUGUGCCAUGGGAUGAGUCUAUGUGCCAUGGGAUGAGUCUAUGUGCCAUGGGUUGAGUCUACGUGCCAUGGGAUGAGUCUUUGUGCCAUGGGUUGAGUCUACGUGCCAUGGGAUGAGUCUAUGUGCCAUGGGAUGGGUCUACGUGCCAUGGGAUGAGUCUACGUGCCAUGGGAUGAGUCUAUGUGCCAUGGGAUGAGUCUAUGUGCCAUGGGAUGAGUCUAUGUGCCAUGGGGUGAGUCUAUGUGCCAUGGGAUGAGUCUAUGUGCCAUGGGAUGAGUCUAUGUGCCAUGGGGUGAUUCUAUGUGCCAUGGGAUGAGUCUAUGUGCCAUGGGAUGAGUCUAUGUGCCAUGGGUUGAGUCUACGUGCCAUGGGAUGAGUCUUUGUGCCAUGGGAUGAGUCUAUGUGCCAUGGGGUGAGUCUAUGUGCCAUGGGAUGAGUCUAUGUGCCAUGGGUUGAGUCUACGUGCCGUGGGAUGAGUCUUUGUGCCAUGGGAUGAGUCUAUGUGCCAUGGGAUGAGUCUAUGUGCCAUGGGAUGAGUCUUUGUGCCAUGGGUUGAGUCUACGUGCCAUGGGAUGAGUCUAUGUGCCAUGGGAUGGGUCUACGUGCCAUGGGAUGAGUCUACGUGCCAUGGGAUGAGUCUAUGUGCCAUGGGAUGAGUCUAUGUGCCAUGGGAUGAGUCUAUGUGCCAUGGGUUGAGUCUACGUGCCAUGGGAUGAGUCUUUGUGCCAUGGGAUGAGUCUAUGUGCCAUGGGAUGAGUCUAUGUGCCAUGGGGUGAGUCUCUGUGCCAUGGGAUGAGUCUAUGUGCCAUGGGAUGAGUCUAUGUGCCAUGGGUUGAGUCUACGUGCCGUGGGAUGAGUCUUUGUGGCCAUGGGAUGAGUCUAUGUGCCAUGGGAUGAGUCUAUGUGCCAUGGGAUGAGUCUAUGUGCCAUAGGUUGAGUCUACGUGCCAUGGGAUGAGUCUAUGUGCCAUGGGAUGAGUCUAUGUGCCAUGGGAUGAGUCUACGUGCCAUGGGAUGAGUCUACGUGCCAUGGGAUGAGUCUAUGUGCCAUGGGAUGAGUCUAUGUGCCAUGGGUUGAGUCUAUGUGCCAUGGGAUGAGUCUACGUGCCAUGGGAUGAGUCUAUGUGCCAUGGGAUGAGUCUAUG